UUUCCCCAUUUCCUCUUUUCACCCACAACCUUCUCUUCCCGUUAUCACGCACACUGCUUCUCUGCAAGAACAGCUUAAACAAGUGUUGCAAUGGAGGGAACUGAGUCAACAACAAGAGAGAGAUCAACAGCAAAGGAUGGGAACAAGGCAGCAGACCAAGAGGUGCUGAUGUCCAGCAAACCGCUGCAUCGCUUCGUCCAAAGAGAGCCCAGAGAUGUUGGGAUUGCCAUUCUGAUCUUUGGCUGUGCCGAGGUCAUGAUGGGAUUUACGCUGUCCGGGGAGAGGGAUGCGUUUACUUCUUUUGGAAUCUACACUUCCUUCUGGCAGGGAACUCUGUUUCUUGUCUGUGGAAGCCUGUCUAUCUACACUGAGUUACGUCCAUCCAAGAAGAUGGUGACUGUGUGUUUGUCUAUGUAUGUGGUUUCCCUUCUUGGGAUCAUUGUCUCUUUAGUCUACAGGAUACGUAUUUUCUCCUAUUUAAGGUACCUUACGUUCUAUCGGAGGGAGUCUUUAAGCCUGCAAAGAUUGCACCAGAUUUGUGCGAUUGAAGCCCUUUUGUUCACUUGCUCUCUGUUUGUGGCGGGUCUUCUCAUCUUCUUGUGUGUCAUCGCACGUUUGGCUCUCAAAUCCACACGCACUCAGAUUAUUGUCCGGCACAUCCCGGCUCCACCGACCGACACGACUGCAACUUAAUCUCAUCCUUGUGAAGUAUUAUCGUUAUAGUAGUAUCCAUAACACUGGUUUUCCUGCAGCACACUAACUCCUGUACAGUAUAUCACAUGUGAAUGUUACACCCACUAGUAGAGGCUCAUCUUUAAGCCCCAGCUUCUUCUCUUAGCACAGUACAUGUUACUGCAGUAGGAAAUGCAUUAUAACCACAUUUAUUUGCUUUUGUUAAAGCUUGUUUUGGAAUCUAAAAGAUUACUGUCUUCUCAUGUGAGAAAAAAAUGUGACAUGCACUUAAGGGAUUAAAGUAGCCACUAUUAUCUGAAGGAAAGCUUAUAUGUAUUUACUGUACGAGUCAUACAGUAGUAAACUAAAGCUAAGGCCAUUACUUUGAAUUAAAGCCUCGAGGCAAACAGGGCUGAUACUGAUCACUGAUACAUACACCAAUAUGUAAAGUAUUGUAACAGUACUGUUAUUGUAAUUUAUAUAAAUAUAAAGAAUUAUAUCAAAAUACAUCAACAUAUGUGAUUAUUAUCUACAUUACCUGAAUUAUUUUUAAUGUGCAGAAAAUGAGCAUCGUUUCGAACUGCAGCUUUUGAUAAUCAUUGUGAACUUCUUCUUAUUACAGAAACAUGCAUUUCCAAAGAUUUGGUCUACCGAUGCUGUAAAAUGCAUUAUCUUUUCAAUUUACACACGGCAUCUAUUGCACGUCUGUCUGUCCUGGGAGAGGGAUCCCUCCUCUGUUGCUCUCCCUGAGGUUUCUCCCAUUUUUUCCUUUAAGAGGGUGUCGUUUUUCUCACACUGAUUUCCUGAACAAACAUUGCUGUUGUAUUUGCUGUAAAGUGUCUCUACUGUAGGCUAUUUUUAUUAUAUGUACAGCACUUUGGCUCGACCAAAAAUCGUUUAUAAAUGUGCUAUAUAAAUAAAACUUGAAUUGAUUUGAUAUAUUUGAUAUACUGAGCUGCAAAUAUUUCUGCUUUGUGAUUUAGUUGCAGCACAGCAGAUCCACCUGGGAUUGCCACUUUAGAAGAAUUACAGUAUGUUUUAAUACAUUUGGCUUUUUAUAUCCUCGGACACAAACAUCCAGCAUUAUUUUUUUAAGCUUAUGACUUCAAUAUAGUUCACCAUUUUCAUCUAUACGACUUUGAAACAUGUUGCCACUUUGGGCCUUUGAAUGUGUGAAAAACAAAUAUUUUUGAUUUAGGUUGAGCUUAUAUGUGCACUAAAUGUAAUGUAUAUUGUCUUUGCUAAAUAAACAAUAAAAUGAAA